AAUUUUCUUGGGAAUCGCGUGCAUUUUAUCCAUUAACACUCAUAAAAAGAAAAUACCACAUAGAAAAUUUUCACUUGAAAAAUGAUACCUUGCAUCAAAGCAACAUGAAAGUUUGUUGGCUUGUAUUAUUUUUCGCAUUUGCCUUGAUCCAAGAAAGUGUUUCACCUCCUGCCAAAGGUAAAGCAUCUUCAAAAUCAAAGCCAACUUCUGAUAAUGCUCAAUCAAAACCUAAUUCAGGAAAUGAGCAAUUAGAUAUAAAAGAUGAUACAGAAAAAAAUGAUACUGAAAGCAAGAGUAACCAGUCAAUGAAAAAUGAAGAGGCAGCUGCUGAUAAAAACCAAGAAGGAAGUGAUAAAGAGGACCCUAAAAAUUUGGAAAAUAAAAAAAGAAAUGGAAAAAAACCAAAACGGAAAGAUACUAGAGAACCUGAGGAAGAUUCCACAUCUUCACCUAAGAAGCCUGAUGAAGAUAUUUCAAAAAAGAACAACAAUGAGUCCUCAGAACCUCAACAAAACCUGGCAGAUUCUCAAGUCAAGUCCCAAGAUAGUGAAAAAACUACAUUACCACAAGGCACAGAUGAGAAAAUCCCUCCAAAACAAGAAGAGAUGCCAGAGAAUGCUUCUGACAAUACAACUGAAGAUCCAGAAACAGCAAAACUCAAUGCCCUAGAGAAGCCAGAAGGAUCCAAUAAAAAUGAAACUGAGAAAAACUCAAGACAAAAAAAUGAAGAUGACACAAUUGACAAAGCUGAACAAGAAAAAAAAAAGAAACCACCAAAGAAAAAAUCUAGUUCAAAGGAGCCAUCAAAAGAACUUGAAUCUUCAGCUGACAGUGAAAAGAAUCUACCACCUAAUGACAAGUCUAACUCUAAACCAAACAAUGAAAAUGAAGAAAAAGCAGAGGAUGAUACUGAAAAAAGGAAAUCUAAGAAGGAGCAUCUGAAAGAAUCUAAGGAAUCCACCAGUGAACCCCCUCCCAAAUCACAAAGCAGUCCUGAGCACACAACUCAAGAUCCCUCAACAUCUGAUAAUGCUUCACAAACUCCAGUGAAACCAGAACCUAAACCAAAUCCAAAGAAAGUUGGUUCUGAAUUGCCACCAGAAAAAGCAGAGAAAAAAAUUGAAGACAAACCUGACCUAGCAAAAAGAGAAAAAGCUGCCAAGAAGAAAUCAAAGGCUCCAAGUGAAAUUCAGGAUCCUCCAACCAAAGAUGAUGCUCCACAAACUCCAGAAAAACCAGAACCUAAACCAAAUCCAAAGAAAGUUGGUUCUGAAUUGCCACCAGAAAAAGCAGAGAAAAAAAUUGAAGACAAACCUGACCUAGCAAAAAGAGAAAAAGCUGCCAAGAAGAAAUCAAAAACUCCAGGUGAAACUCAAGACUCUCCAACCCCUGAUGAUGCUCCACAAAAUCCAGAAAAAUCAGAACCUAAACCAAAUCCAAAGAAAGUUGGUUCUGAAUUGCCACCAGAAACAGCAGAGGAAAGUAUUGAAGAUGAACCUAACCCAGCAAAAAGGAAAAAAACAGCCAAGAAGAAAUCUAAAACUCCAGGUGAAACUCAAGACUCUCCAACCCCUGAUGAUGAUCCACAAACUCCAGAAAAACCAGAACCUAAACCAAAUCCAAAGAAAGUUGGUUCUGAAUUGCCACAAGAAAAAGCAGAGGAAAAAAUUGAAGAUGAACCUGACCUAGCAAAAAGAGAAAAAGCUGCCAAGAAAAAAUCAAAGGCUCUAAGUGGAAUUCAGGAUCCUCCAACUAAAGAUGAUGCACCACAAACUCCAGAAAAAUCAGAACCUAAACCAAAUCCAAAGAAAAUUGGUUCUGAAUUGCUACCAGAAAAAGCAGAGGAAAAAGUUGAAGAUGAACCUGACCUAGCAAAAAGAGAAAAAGCUGCCAAGAAAAAAUCAAAGGCUCCAAGUGAAAUUCAGGAUCCUCCAACUAAAGGUGAUGCUCCACAAACUCCAGAAAAAUCAGAACCUAAACCAAAUCCAAAGAAAGUUGGUUCUGAAUUGCCACCAGAAACAGCAGAGGAAAGUAUUGAAGAUGAACCUAACCCAGCAAAAAGAAAAAAAACAGCCAAGAAGAAAUCAAAAACUCCAGGUGAAACUCAAGACUCUCCAACCCCUGAUGAUGCUCCACAAACUCCAAAAAAACCAGAACCUAAACCAAAUCCAAAGAAAGUUGGUUCUGAAUUGCCACCAGAAAAAGCAGAGGAAAGAAUUGAAGAUGAACCUAAUCCAGAAAAAAGAAAAAAAACAGCCAAGAAGAAAUCAAAAACUCCAGGUGAAACUCAAGACUCUCCAACCCCUGAUGAUGCUCCACAAACUCCAGAAAAACCAGAACCUAAACCAAAUCCAAAGAAAGAUGGUUCUGAAUUACCAGCAGAUAAAGAUGAGGAAAGUAUUAAAGAUGAACCUGACCUAGCAAAAAUAGAAAAAGCUGCCAAGAAAAAACCAAAGCCUCCCAAUGAUAUUCCGGAUCCUCCAACCAAAGAUGAUGCUCCACAAACUCCAGAAAAAUCAGAACCUAAACCAAAUCCAAAGAAAGUUGGUUCUGAAUUGCCACCAGAAAAAGCAGAGGAAAAAAUUGAAGAUGAACCUGACCUAGCUAAAAGAGAAAAAGCUGCCAAGAAAAAAUCAAAGGCUCCAAGUGAAAUUCAGGAUCCUCCAACCUCUGAUGAUGCUCCACAAACUCCAGAAAUACCAGAAUCUAAACCGAAUCCAAAGAAAGAUGGUCCAACAAAAAAGAAUAAAGCCACUAAGAAAAAAUCCUCAGCAGAGGAUCUAGAAGAAUCUAAAAAUCCUGUACCACCACCUGAGAUGGACCCACCAUCUCAAGAAAGUGAAAAUCCAAAACCAACAGAAAAACCAUCUGAAAGUAUUGAAGAAGUAACUAACCCAACAAAAAGCAAGAAGCUCCCCAAGAAAAAAUCCAGUCCAAGAACUGAAAAGCCUUCAACCACCACUGAUGAUGCUGCGUUACAAACUCCAGAAAAGUCCAAAUCCAAACCUAUAGAACAGGAAAAUGAAAGUGACAAAGAUGAAACUAAUUCAGAAAAAAAAAGAAAACUACCUAAGAAAAAACCAGAAUCAGAAGACCCUCAGGAAGAAUUCAAGGAAAAUCUCAAACCUGAACUAGCAGAAAAACAAAAAGAUGGAACUGAAGAUGAAGCCAAUGUAGUAGAUAAGAGAAAAACUACCAAGAAAAAAUCAAAUUCAAGGAAGCCUCCAGAGGAAACUGAGGUGUCCUCACCUGACAAUGAUGAUGCUCCAUCAACUGUAGAGAAGCCUGAACCUCAAGUGGCUCAUGAUGCUGAGGAGAGUGAUAUAGAUAAAGCCAAUUCAAUAAAAAGAAAGAAAAUACCCAAGAAAAAAUCAAAUGACACUCCAGAGGAAUCAGAUGAGCUUGAUUCUCUUAAUUCAUCACCAACACCACAAAAAAAAACAAAAUCCAAAUCACAAAAAGUCAAGGGGAAAGGUGAUGAAAGUGACAACACUGACAAUGAAAAAUUAGGGGAGGAAGAUGAGGUCGAAGAUGAUGAUGAUGAUGAUGAUGAUGAUGAUAUUGAAAAUAUAAUACCUAAGAAAAAAUCUACAAGCAAUGAUUUUGGAGCAGAUAGCGAGGCUGAAGAUGAAAGUGAUGUCGAAGCUGGAGAUGAUGAUGGAGAUGGUGAUUCAGAUGAUGAAGCCACACCAGUUCCAUCACUAAGGCAGAAUCCCAGAGUCAAUAGUAAGAAAUUACUGAAAAAAUCAACUCUCAAAAAACCAAACGACACUCCUAACAAAACAUUCCCUUCAAAGAAGAUUAAGAAACCUCAAGCUGUGAAACCUAAAAAACGAAGCAGAUUUAAUAUCAGUGAAUUGUCACAUAACAAAAUUGAUCUUGAUAAUGAUGAUCUUUCAAGUGGAGAUGAGCUCUCAGAAGAUGAAUCUUCUGAUGAUGAUGAUUAUGAUAUUGAUUUUCCAAAAUCACCACAACCUAUCAGAAGAAUGAACAGAGCCCCUUCAAAAUCUGGCAUACCCUUAUCACAUUUAUCCAGAAAUAAAAUGAAACCUAGAAAAUUUGGCAGACUUUCUAAUGAAAAUGAAUUUUCUGAGGAUGAGUCUGAUGAUGAAGAAGAUGAUGAUAAUUUUUCCAAAUCAUUGCAACCUAUGAAACGAAUGAGAAAUGAAAUGAAACCUAGAAAAUUUUAUGAUCUUUCUAGUGAUGAUGAACUUUCUGAUGAUGAUGAUGAUGAUGAUUAUGAUACUGAUUUUCCAAAAUCACCACAACCUAUCAGAAGAAUGAACAGGGCCCCUUCAAAAUCUGGCAUACCCUUAUCACGUUUAUCCAGGUCCAAAGUAAAAUAUGGAAAAUCUGGUGGUAAAAUGUUGAGAAACUUUCAAAUAAUGGAUCCAUUUCCAACUGGUGAACCACUAAUGAAUUUUACUUUUGGAGAAAAUGACUUGGAGUAUAGUGACGAUGAUAAUGAUGAUGAGGAUGAAGAUGAUGAUGAUAUGCCUCAGAAUUAUACAAAACUUGGAAUCCCUCUGAGUAGUUUCAAUCCUAACAAAAAGAAACUGCCGCAGAAAAACCAUGCCCAAAAAUUGACCAAUUUCAAAACUACCUCACCAUUGAAAAGAAAAAGUCCACCAACAGGUACAAAAUUAACUUCACUCCUCAGUCCAAAGCUCACUCCUAGAAAACCACCUAAAUCAAAAGGUAUCAAUCUUAUGGAACUUCAUAAUCUCGCUACAGCAAGAAGUCAUCAAAAUCGAAAACCUCAGCUGUUAUCCCAGCUUGAAAGGAAAAGAAAAAUGUAUUCUUAAUAACAGAAAGGUACCUGUGUACAUAUUGAAUUUUGAAUUUGUUUCAUUUGGUGGUCCUUUUCAAUGAUCAAAUAAAAGUUUGCCCAGACAUUAAAA